UCGCCAUGUCCGGCCGCGGGAAGGGCGGGAAGGGCCUGGGCAAGGGCGGCGCCAAGCGCCACCGCAAGGUGCUGCGCGACAACAUCCAGGGCAUCACCAAGCCCGCGAUCCGGCGCCUGGCCCGGCGCGGCGGCGUCAAGCGCAUCUCGGGGCUCAUCUACGAGGAGACCCGCGGGGUGCUGAAGGUGUUCCUGGAGAACGUGAUCCGCGACGCCGUCACCUACACGGAGCACGCCAAGCGCAAGACCGUCACCGCCAUGGACGUGGUCUACGCGCUCAAGCGCCAGGGCCGCACGCUCUACGGCUUCGGCGGCUGACGGCCCCGCCAACGGCCCUUCUCAGGGCCACCACGGGCUCCCGGGAGAGCUGGCGCUUCCACUCCGCGGAGCCGCGCGUCUGGACGGGGAGGGCGAUGGCGCGUCCUCCACGAGUCUCCGAGGAGGCCCGCGCCGCCGGGGCAGGGCCUGCGGUCGGCGCGAGCUGGUCCCCCGGUGGCCGGGAUGGCGGUGGGGAGACCCCGCAGUUUAGGCAAGGGUGCAGGGAUCCGUGGGCUGGGAUUGCAGCUCUGCAAGAACACGGCUGCAGCGCCAUCCCAAUGCCCUGCAACAGAGCCAGGCCGGGGUGGCGGCGCCGCAGGGAAGAAUAGGGAGGCGUCCACGCUCGCUUCUGCCGGGUUCUGGUGGAAGCCUGAGCCACAAAGCCCCAUCACAAUGGAAGCCGUAAGCAGUGGACGCAGUCCUGGGACGCCUUUCGGGAAAGUGGCGUGUUGGGGCCUGCGUAGAGAAGGCUGGCGGAGCCGGGUGUGGUGCACGCCUGUAAUCCCAGCAAUCGGGGAGGCAGGAGCAAGCGCAUCUCCGGGUUCAAGGCCAGCCCGGUCAAAGCGAGACCAGGACCGUGAAGGCCACGCAGAAAAAGCCUGUCUCAGGAAGGAGAAGAAAAAAACCCGAAAGUAAUAAUAUAAUAGUUAACUAAGUUGCAACACUAUCUACACCACCCGUCAGUGCAGAAGGCGCUGUUCAAUCUUAAUAAAGCAAAAGUGAAUCCUCACCAUGGCUAGGAACACAGUAAGCCUCUUUCCAUGCUCCACGGUUGUCCACCACCCUGAUUUAGGUUGAACGUGUCGUAGGUUGUGGGUUUUAUUUUUAUUUUAGCCAUUGCACAUUAACCCCUUGGGUGAAAUACUGUUUAAUAUCCGCACUCAGUUGCAUGAUCCCACAUGAAAAUUUGACCUCCAGCUCAAGAAGCUGGAUUUUGCUGUAAAUCACCUCAGGUACACUGUAAGGAUCGUUGGAGCAAUGUAUUCGUACUGAUCCACCUGUAACUGCCAUCUUUAAAGGAAAUACACUUCAGGUAGCUGCAGUUGUAAGGAUCAUGGCUGAGACCCUGUGAUGCAGCCCAGCGGUGACAUUUCACAAAACUAAGGCCCAAUGUGGCAAGCAGAAAUUGUCACUGGUAACAAUCCAGGUUCAGAAGCGGCCUCACCACUGAGCCCUCACCCAGCACUCCAGGGAAAGGUGGCCUAUUGGAGGACGCUGUAGUCCCUGACUGGCUCUUGCAGCAGAUGGGGAAAUUGCGGGGAAUGCACCCCCCUCAGUUGAGUUUUUUACGUUGUACUAGCAUUCACUUGUUUUUGUUAAAAGCAAUGUAUAACAUCAGGGGACUCUGAGGGGAUAGGAUAUAGGAGCUCUUUUAUUGUUUUGAUGACAUAUUUUUAAAUUUUUAAUUUAGUCGUUGAUAAUUUCAUACCCGUAUACAAUGUAUCUUGAUCAUAUCCACACAUCCCAGUUCCCCUACGACCACCCACCGGCCAUCUCGUCUCCCUCCCAAGUUUAUAUCCUUUAAUCAUUUCUUUUUUACUUUGGGGGAGAAGCACAGAGCUUGAAUAAGCUCUGAUUGGUUAGCAAAUGGUUCGGGGCAGGAGAUCCUGGGAGGCUGGGUGUCCAGACAGGUGGCCUGUCGGGAGGCUGGACGGAAUGCCAGAUCCCUGUAGAGUGGGCGGCGUGUGAAGGAGCUAGCCUUGUCUGAGUUUGGAGAGGGAAAUACUCCAGAGUAGCAGGGGAGCCCGGCAAGUGAAAAUGAGAUCCCUAGAGAGGCUGUGAGGCCUUUGGGGUGAGGCUGAGGGGUUCAGAGAGGCAGAGAAAGCCUCUCCGGGGGGUGGGGGAAAGGGACGGCUUCGGGAUAAAAAGGAGCUUGGCCUACCUGGGAACCUAAGGAAGGGAGAUCCUGGAGGACCCCCUCAGGCCUAGAGGGGAGGAAAGAGCAGGCCCUACCCGGCAGCUUGGGAAAUGAGGGCUCAGAGGGUGGGCCUAUGGGCUGGAAAGGCACGAACUGACCUGAUUGAGAAGCUAUGGGGAGCUUGGGGUGAAAAGGAGUGAGGCUAUCUCUUAAGUAGUUCUGCAAUUUAAUUUGAUGGUGAUUCUUUUUGUUUCAUUUUCUUUUUAUUUCUGCAUUCUAGUCUUCCUUUGCAGAAUUUGGCAAUAUAUGUGGGUGAGACAUAUUAUGCCUGUUUCCGAACAAAAAACAAAAAAAACUGUUAUUUUAUUGGCCUUCAUAUUUUGAGGCUCUCAACAGCACCAAGUACUAGAGUGUGAAGCAGCUUAAUAGAGGUGCUAUCAAAGGAAGGGAUCAAGACGGGACCUCUAGAAGCUGACCACAGAAUGGUGAAGCCUCUAGCCUCCAUCCAACCUAACCUGGACCUAGAAUGUUUUCAGCCUCUGAGACGUACUGCUUAAUAAGCUCGCUCUUUCUAGCUUUCUUAACUCUUGCUGGCUGGUUCAACUCAGCUGUUCUGGCUCAAACUCCUCUCCCAGCUGACUGAUUCAAUCUGGCUUUUCUCUAGGCCUCUGACUUGCUCUGCUUGGCCUCAAACUAACUCCAUCAAUCUGCUCUAAUCUCCUGGCUCCUUCUCAUUCUCUGGCUCAUUCAGUCUUCAAAGCAGAAAACAUUUCUAGGUUGAAGCCAGCGGUUCUGAGAGUGAGAUUUCCAAUCCGUCAGCAUGGCUCACUGGAGCCUCACCACAGACCAGCUGACUUGGAAACCCUGGGUGUACGGCCCAGCAGUUUGUGGUUUAAUGCUCAGGUGGUUCUGACACACACUUAACUACCAUGGACCCAGGUGACAGGAGUUUCUGUUGUUACGGUGAUGGUGCUGGGAGUCAAUUCCAGGGCAAUAUAUACCUCGGCAAGUUGCCCAUCACUGACUGGUAGCCUUACCCCUGGCUUUUCUUUAAAAGUUGCACCCUGCAUGCCAUGUUAUAUUUUUGCUUUAUUUGAUGAAAAGCAACAUUAGGACUGUGGACCUGCUUUUAAGUUAAAAAAAAUGUAGAAAGAGACACAGUUACUUUAUUUAAGCAUUUAAGGCAAACAGAGGAUGUAGAAAUGAAAGGGUAAAUGUUUGUUUUAUUAAAUCAUACUGCUUU